AUGCAAGACGAUACUUCGUUUAUAGCGGAGUUCUUGGGAACUCUCAAAUGUGAACAAUACAUUGACAAGUUUCUGUCUUUUCAAUUAACCACUAGUGAUGAUAUUCAGUACCUUGAUCAGGAGAUUUUGACGGAAUUAGGAAUUGUCAAAAUUGGCGACCGUAUUCGCAUAUUAUCGAAGAGCCGUUUAUUAAGGCAGAACGGCUCCUCUAGUGCUGAGGAGAUCAGAGAUAUAGUGAGCAGGAUAAAUGGUUUGUGCUUGGGACCAUUGACGAUUAGUGAAGAGCUUGUGACUGAUAAACAUUCUGCUAUAUUCAUUCUCAACGAUGGAUCUGCUAAAAAGGUGAAUGUUAGCGGUUGCUUUAAUGCAGAUUCGAUCAAGAAGAAAUUGAUUAAAAAACUUCCAAGCGAGUUUAUCGCGGUCAAUUCCGAAGGGGAAGAAACCCGGUCAUCUCAGGAUUACGAUGUAUUUGUGGUAGAUUACGUGAAGAAUGUUCUGCAUCUUCUUUACGACGUCGAGCUGGUGACCAUUUGCCAUUCUAGCGAUAGAGUGGAAAAGAACCGUCUUAUUUUAGUUUCCAAAGAUCAAACGCCAAGUGAUAAGGCAAUUUUGACUUCCAAAAAGCUUUACUUGAAAACAUUGAGCGUAAUCCAUCAAUUGGGGUCUCUAUCAGCGUUUACAAGUAAUACGCCUAAUUCAAGAGCGCGAUUCCAUACUGCCAAUGAGAGAGCUUCCAAGGGCACAGAUACGGUUACUGGAGAGUCACUAAGAAUUGAGAACACAAAGGACGGUAUUCGACAAAUCUUUAACCAAAGACCUCCGAGCGAAUUGAUUUCAACAAAUUUAGCUGAAUAUUUCCCUCACACUGAUAUGAACAGGUUGAAGAAAACGCUGAGAAAUUCUGUAAGACAAUCAAUCAGAUUGAGUAGUAUUAUUGGUGCUAACGCGACAGUAGGCACCAACAAUGUUGGUAAUAUAUGGGUGAAUAAUUCGAAUGCUGUGGGUACAGCAUUAUUACAAAGCUUGGAAUCAAAGCAACUAGUUGAACAGGAAAAAUCACAGAACUCAAAGGUAAGUGAGGAAGAUACUCUAAACUUGAGUGCUGCUAACGGCGCUCUCCGUAGUGGUUCAACACUUGCUACUGCCGCAAAGAGGCCAGAAUACCUAAGAAACAUCGAAAUGACCUCCAAAUCCUCGAAGCAGAAAGAGAAACCCUCAGAAAACUCCGAUCACAUCGAGCUCUUGAAUACCGAUUCAGAUGGAGACGAGGAGGAUGAAGACGUAAUUUCUCUUCCCACUAAAAUUGUCACUCCCAAGUCUUGGCUUAAAGGAGCUAGAAUUGGUGCUGGGAGCUUUGGUAGCGUUUACCUUGGAAUGAAUGCUCAAACAGGCGAAUUAAUGGCAGUUAAGCAGGUCGAACUGCAGCCAACUGCUUUAACAGCAGGGAUUUCUGCCUCUGAAGAAACAAAAAAACACUACAAUCAAGGUGGAAAUGCAUCAGCUGCAAAAAAUAGUAGCCAGGUGCACAAGAAAAUGAUUGAUGCGCUACAACAUGAGAUGGGCUUGCUCAAAGAAUUACAUCACGAAAAUAUUGUUACUUACUAUGGUUCUUCACAAGAAGGCGGAAAUUUAAAUAUUUUCCUGGAAUAUGUUCCUGGUGGAUCCGUUUCGUCCAUGCUUAACAACUAUGGCCCUUUUGAGGAACCAUUGAUCAAGAAUUUUACUAGACAGAUUCUCAUCGGCUUGUCAUAUCUGCACCGAAAGAACAUUAUUCACAGGGAUAUCAAGGGUGCGAAUAUUCUCAUUGAUAUAAAAGGUUGUGUUAAAAUUACAGACUUUGGUAUUUCCAAAAAACUGUCACCACUAAACCAGCAGCAGAACAAGAGAGCCUCUCUACAAGGCUCAGUGUACUGGAUGGCGCCCGAAGUUGUCAAACAGGUUGUUACCACAGAAAAAGCGGACAUCUGGUCGGUCGGCUGUGUAAUUACGGAAAUGUUCACUGGUAAGCAUCCAUUUCCAGACUUUUCUCAGAUGCAAGCUAUCUUCAAGAUUGGUACAAACACCAUACCGGAAUUACCGACAUGGGCUAGCGAUCAAGCAAAGGACUUCUUGAUGAAAACCUUUGAGUUAGACUACAAAAAGCGACCUAGUAGCAUAGAACUUCUCCAGCACGCUUGGCUAGAUACGUCUAUUUAA